CGCCGAGUGUGGGGCGCGGCGACGGCGACGGGCUGCGGCGCGCUCUCAAGGGCUCUCGUCUGCCUCCAGGUCGGGAGCGCGCGCGGUCUCACUGCUGCGGCAGCGUCGAGUUUCCAGGGGCUUGAGGAAAACCCGUCAGGAACCGAAAAUGCCGAAGCCGAUCAAUGUCCGAGUUACCACCAUGGAUGCGGAGCUGGAGUUCGCCAUCCAGCCAAACACAACAGGAAAACAGCUUUUUGAUCAGGUGGUCAAGACCAUCGGCCUUAGGGAAGUGUGGUACUUUGGCCUCCAGUAUGUGGAUAAUAAAGGAUUUCCUACCUGGUUGAAACUUGAUAAAAAGGUGUCUGCACAGGAGGUCAGAAAGGAGAAUCCUCUCCAGUUCAAGUUCCGGGCCAAGUUCUACCCCGAAGAUGUGUCCGAGGAGCUCAUCCAGGACAUCACGCAGAAGCUCUUCUUCCUCCAAGUGAAGGAGGGAAUUCUCAGCGAUGAGAUUUACUGUCCUCCUGAGACUGCGGUGCUCCUGGGCUCCUACGCUGUGCAAGCCAAGUUCGGGGACUAUAACAAAGAAACGCACAAGUCCGGGUAUCUCAGCUCUGAGCGGCUGAUCCCCCAAAGAGUCAUGGACCAGCACAAGCUCACCAGGGACCAGUGGGAGGACCGGAUCCAGGUGUGGCACGCGGAGCACCGCGGGAUGCUCAAGGACAGCGCCAUGUUGGAGUACCUGAAGAUCGCCCAGGACCUGGAAAUGUAUGGCAUCAACUACUUUGAGAUAAAAAAUAAGAAGGGAACGGACCUUUGGCUUGGAGUUGAUGCCCUUGGACUAAAUAUUUACGAGAAAGACGAUAAGUUGACCCCAAAGAUUGGCUUUCCGUGGAGUGAAAUCAGGAACAUCUCUUUCAAUGACAAAAAGUUUGUCAUUAAGCCCAUCGACAAGAAGGCACCCGACUUCGUGUUCUAUGCCCCCCGCCUGCGCAUUAACAAGCGCAUCCUGCAGCUGUGCAUGGGCAACCACGAGCUGUACAUGCGCCGCCGGAAGCCCGACACCAUCGAGGUGCAGCAGAUGAAGGCGCAGGCGCGGGAGGAGAAGCACCAGAAGCAGCUGGAGCGGCAGCAGCUGGAAACGGAGAAGAAGAGGAGAGAAACCGUGGAGAGGGAGAAGGAGCAGAUGAUGCGGGAGAAGGAGGAGCUGAUGCUGCGGCUGCAGGACUACGAGCAGAAAACCAAGAAGGCUGAGAAAGAACUCUCGGACCAGAUUCAGAGAGCCCUGCAGCUGGAGGAGGAGCGGAAGCGAGCCCAGGAGGAGGCGGAGCGCCUGGAGGCUGACCGUGUGGCCGCCCUGCGGGCCAAGGAGGAGCUGGAGCGGCAGGCGGCAGAUCAGAUAAAGAGCCAGGAGCAGCUGGCCGCGGAGUUGGCAGAGUACACCGCCAAGAUUGCGCUCCUGGAGGAGGCCCGGCGGCGCAAAGAGGACGAGGUGGAGGAGUGGCAGCACCGGGCCAAGGAAGCCCAAGACGACCUGGUGAAGACCAAGGAGGAGCUGCACCUGGUGAUGGCCGCCCCCCCACCCCCGCCACCCCCCGUCUACGAGCCGGUGAGCUACCUCGUCCAGGACAGCCUGCAGGAUGAGGGCGCGGAGCAGGGCUACAGCGCCGAGCUCUCGAGCGAGGGCAUCUUGGAUGACCGCAACGAGGAGAAGCGCAUCACCGAGGCCGAGAAGAACGAGCGGGUGCAGCGGCAGCUGCUGACCCUGACCAACGAGCUGUCCCAGGCCAGAGACGAGAACAAGAGGACCCACAACGACAUCAUCCACAAUGAGAACAUGCGGCAGGGCCGGGACAAGUACAAGACACUGCGGCAGAUCCGGCAGGGCAACACCAAGCAGCGGAUCGAUGAGUUCGAGGCCAUGUGAGGCCCUGACCGGGCGGGCGGGGGCGGGGCCUCACCUGGGCUUUGCGGGGAUGGGGUCGCUGUCGGACUCCAGAGCUUGUAUUCGUAGUUCUUUAAAUCUAGGACACCCCCCCCUUCCCCAUCGUAUUCCAGUUCCUGUAAAGUGAGAGGAGGUCUGUCGGCGGGAAGGAACGUUCUGGGGCUGGGGUCAGUGGAAGCCUCCCUGGUUGAUUUCCCCCACCAUGUCGCAGUGCCAAGCAGGCCUGGGCUGGUCCCCGCCGCUGAGCCCCUCCUGCUCUGUGCCGGUGGCAGGACGGGCUGAAUCCGUGAAAGAUGCCCGUGAGGGCUGGGUGACAGACUCCUUGCUGGCAUGUGGGAUGCAGGUUCCGUGUCAUUAAAGAAAACCACAUUGUGGCUUCUCUUCUGUGCCAUACUUUUUUCCGUAUUUGAAAUUGGCUCAAAUUGAUUGAUCUUUGAUUUCUAUGAAGGAUCCAUCUUUGUAUAUGUUUUUUGAGGGGUGGAAAUUACUUUGGAAAUGGCGUCUGCAGCACCCCACACAGCGCACACCCAACUUCUCUUCCCCUGCUGCUUCAGCUUGGGGUCGACAGGGAGGACGCUCCAGCCUUAGGGACCUGGGUGUUUGUGUUUUGUUUGUUUGUUUGUUUUUGCUUAACAGAGGGCUACCUUAUUGGACUCACCGAAUUAAUGAUCAGCUGUAGAGAAUAGUAUUUAUAUAUGUGACAAUAUGGGUUUGUAACAUUAGUUUUAAAAAGGGAAAGUUUCAUUCUGUAUAUUUUGUUACCUUUUACAGAAUAAAAGAAUUAUGGAUUGAUGUGAGGGCAGUGGUGAGGUUGAUUAACUGCUGUAAUCACAUCUGUAAACAGGACUUUCUUACUCGGUCCAGUACUGGACUGUGCACAGCCCCGUGUUCUUUCCGAGCUGCUGUGUAAAACCAGCACCCGUGCUGUUCGGACGAGUCAGGCUCCAGCUGUGAAGGGACCCUUCCAACCUAGUCUCGUCUCCGUUCCCACAAGGAGACCUGCUCUGACUGCCCCCCUCCCCUCCCACGUCCUCAAAUUGCUGUUGAAAUGCCAGGUCUCACCAGUUCCCUUUCAUGCCCAGCUGUGUCCUUUCCGGGCAGAGGAACCCUGCACCACAGACUGAGAAAUAAAAGAUGUGCAAGACGUG